AUGAUGAUCUCCCCGUGGGACCGCUGGUACUCCACAAGCUGCUGUCUGUGCUGCCAUGUCCGCACAGGAACCAUCAUCCUGGGGGUCUGGUACAUGCUCAUCAAUGCCGUGGUGUUACUCAUCCUGCUCACAGCGCUCAGUGAUCCUGAGCAGUACCACCUGACCAGCGCUGAGUUGGCUAAUGACCUGGAUGUCAUGGAUGAUGCCAACAUGUGCAUUGCCUCAGCGAUCUCUCUGCUGAUGAUUCUUAUAUGUGGGAUGGCCACAUAUGGUGCAUACAAGCUGCGUGCUGCUUGGAUCAUCCCAUUUUUCUGCUACCAAAUAUUUGACUUUGCUCUCAACACCCUGGUUGCUGUCAGCAUUGUGGUUUACCCAAACACCAUCCAGGACUACCUGCAGCAACUGCCUGAUAACUUCCCCUACAAAGAGGAGAUUGCUGCUCUCAGUAAUGUCUGCCUGGUCCUCAUGGUGCUGCUCUUCAUUGGCUGUAUUCUCAGCUUCAAGGCUUACCUCAUAGCAUGUGUGUGGAACUGCUACAGAUAUGUGAGCAGCCGGGGUGCUUCUGAAAUCCUGCUCUAUGUUACGACCAAUGACACCACGGUGCUUCUACCUCCAUAUGACGACAGUGUCGCUGUCCCUCCCAAGCAGGCUCCUCCACCCUACACCACUGCGACGGCAUGAAAACAUUCCCGGGAUGCUGCUGCCGACUGGACUCUGUCGUUAAUGAAACCCCAGCAAAAUGUAUGCACCACACUGCCUCUCCAGUGUACAGUAUAUGCUAUUCAUGGAUAUAUUGGAGCUACACACGCAUUACAGUACAAGCACGCAUGCACUGACAUGCACAAAAUCAUGUCAUACAUAUUCACAUGCACACACCACAAUCACCACCGUGACCUCUCAUCCCUUCCUGUUAUUUAUUGGUGAAAUCCUAUUCUUCCUGUAACUCCUCCAUGUAUCCUUUAUGUCUCUGGUUGUGUUAUUCCAGAAAUGAUGUGCAUUUUUAUGCAUUUGAAUCUGGGUGAAGUAACAUAUGAAAGCUCUAGAAAGUUUGAUAGAUGAUAGACUACAUAUAUUUUUAUUAAUUCUAUUUAUGCUCUGUGUGUGUGUCUGUGAUAGUGUUUUGUGAGUCCUGACUUUGAUAUUCAUAUUUAACUUAUGCACAAAUGCAAAAAUGAUGAUAUUAUUGCCCACUUUAAAGAGUGAAGAGUCAUCAUAUGUUUCCUGUUUGUCUCGUCUCUGCUUGUGAUCAGGGUUGAAUUGCCUUCAUUCCUAACUUUCUCUCUGAUGUUUUACUGCACUUUAUAGACCUGUGUGUGAGGUGUCACCUUGACUGAAAGUUUUCCCAAAGAAAUACAUCAGCCUGUAUUCUGGCAUGAUCUUAGAGCAGCCUGCUGUAUAUCGGACAUAUCACCUUCCUUUGCUGUUUUAUUCAACAUAGUUGUCCUCUGUUAUAACAGUCAGGAGUGUUGGGUUGUGCUGGUUGACCCUCCUAACUUUUAAAUGUAACUGUGUGUUUCUACCGAGUGACAGGAAAUGUCUUGAGCUGCUAUUUAUCUAUUUUGACAGCACAGAGGUAGCACUGAUCUGGAAUCGGUAUCGGAAUGAGUUGCUCGAGGAAACCUGCUGCAGUGGCUCCAGAUCAGGCCUCUCUACGUUUAGCAGCUCAGUAAA